AUGAUUCACCAAUGCUACUCACAGGGUGAGCCUCUUCACGUGGAAUCUUCCGAGGUGGCACGAGGGCUACCUGCUUCCUCCCCAAGACCCGACAGUCGCGGCUUCUUCUUGUUUGUCGCUUCGACAUCUCUACAGCAGCAUGCAUAUCCAACAAUUGACUACAUCGACCCAUUAAUCGGCACCGCUAAUGGAGGCCAUGUCUUCCCUGGCGCAAGUCUUCCAUAUGGUAUGGCAAAGAGUGUAGCAGAUGGCAAUAAGGAAAUUCAAGGAGGCUAUGCAUCAAACGAUGGCCAGAUCACUGGAUUCUCUCACAUGCACGACAGUGGAACAGGUGGUGGCGCAUCUUUGGGAAACUUUCCUCUGUUUGCCCAGACAGGUUGUGUCGAUGACGAUAUCAAUCGUUGCUACUUCCCUUCGACUCUGCGAGCGUCGGACAAGAUAAACAGCUCUGUCGUGGCAAAGCCAGGCUAUUUUGCCAUACAGCUCAACACUUCAGUCAAGGCUGAAAUGACUGUCACCAACCACACUGCGCUCUACCGAUUCUCAUUCCCAACUGAUGGAACCCCAACCAAGCUCCCUGCCGAUGGAAAGACCCCUUAUAGCCCUUUGAUCUUGGCCGACUUGGCAGAUCUCUCUGGUUCUCGAACCGAUGCACUCAUCUCAGUUGAUGCCCACACUGGUCGCAUCUCGGGUAAUGGUACCUUUAGACCGUCUUUCGGCAUCGGCAACUACAAGUCGUAUUUCUGCGCCGACUUCCACGGUGCUAAACUCCGUGACACCGGAAUCUUUAUCAACAACCGAGCUAGCAACACCCGCAAGAGCUUCCGUACCUAUGAUGAUGGCCAAAACCCAAUUCUCCCAGCCGGUGCUUGGGCUCAGUUCCACCCUCCAGCAAACAACCAGAUUCUGGUUCGAGUUGGACUCUCGUUCAUCAGCACUGAUCAGGCAUGCCACAAUGCUGAGAAGGAAAUUCCCAACUUCAACUUUGAGUCUGUUAGAUCCGAUGCUGAGGAUGCAUGGCGCAAGAAGCUCAGUGUCAUUAAGGUCGACAACACGGGUGUAAGCGACUCUCUCCAGAGAACAUUCUGGAGUGGCAUCUACCGCACCCUUCUUUCGCCUCAGGACUAUACUGGAGAAAAUCCCCUCUGGAAGAGCAACGAACCUUACUUUGACUCAUACUACUGCAUCUGGGAUAGCUUCCGAAGCACACAUCCGCUUCUUACCCUGGUUGAUCCUCAUGCUCAAGCUUUGAUGAUUCGCAGUCUCAUUGACGGCUUUACCCAGGGUGGCAGCAACGCUGAUAAUUUGUUGGCGGAUUCGUACUUGAAGGGCUUGAAGGAUGGUAUUGACUGGGAUACCGGCUAUAAGGCAGUUGUAUCAGAUGCCGAAGAGGAAGGUACAAUUUGGACAGUCGAAGGCCGUGGAGGCCUGCAAAGUUGGAAGACUCUUGGCUACAUCCCAACUGAUGACUGGGAUCCCAAUGGCUAUGGUCUUUUCACUAGAUCCAUCUCAAGAACCAUUGAGUAUUCGUACAAUGACUUUUGCAUUGCUGAGAUGGCCCGUGGCCUUGGAAAGCACGGAGAUGCGGAGAAGUAUCUGAAGCGCUCCGGGAACUGGAAGAACAUGUUUGAUCCGCACUCGCGUUCUAAUGGUUUCACCGGCUUCUUGCAGCCUCGGUACCUUAAUGGCACUUUUGGAUUCCAAGAGCCAGCCAUUUGUACCGACUUGUACAACUUUGAGGGCUGCUAUCUCAACCCUGGCGGCCAUGAGACCUACGAAGCAGGCUCUUGGCUCUACACCUUCUACGUGCCUCACGAUCAGGCAACUCUAAUCACGACACUGGGUGGCCCCGACCAAUUCGUCCGCCGUCUUGAGUAUAUGCACGAUACUCCUGGCUUAUUCUACAUUGGCGAUGAGCAAGCUUAUCUUCUCCUCUUCAUCUUCCAUUAUGCCGGCCGCCCCGCUGGCCUUCCAGGAAACGAUGACUCUGGUGCUAUGGGUAGCUUCACGGCCCUUACCAUGCUGGGUCUCUACCCCAUGAGUGGACAAGAUGUCUACAUCAUCAUUCCACCCUUCUUCCCUGAGGUCAAGUUCACCGACCCGCGCUCAGGAAAGACAGCUACCAUUCGAAACAUCAACUUUGAUGCUUCGUACAACAACAUCUACAUCCAGAGCGCCAAGCUAAAUGGCAAGCCUUAUAACAAGGGCUGGGUGACGCAUAGCUUCUUCCUCGACGGUGGAGUUUUGGAAUUGACUCUUGGGCCGAAGGAGAAUACAAAGUUUGGCACUGCUAAGGCGGAUUUCCCGCCGAGCGCAUCAACAAACUUCUGGAGCUAA